CGCCCACAGCGGGGCCGGCCCGGCGCCCGCCCACAGCGGGGCCGCCGCUGCCCGCCUGCCCGCCCGCCGGCCCCGCGCCCUCCGCCGAUAUGAAUUACUCUAGGUUCAUCACCACUGUGAGUGCAGCAAGAAAAGCAUCUCCAAUAAGACUGCUGACUGAAUUGAUGCAGAAGUCUCCUCCAUCUCUCAUCUCUCUGGCUGGAGGGGCACCAAAUCCUAAUCUUUUUCCAUUUAAGAAGGCAACUGUUGACAUUGGACAUGGAACACCUAUUGAGAUUGGGGAAGAUCUGAUGAAGAGAGCUCUCCAGUACUCAGCCUCAGCAGGGAUUCCAGAGCUGUUGUCUUGGCUAAAAGAUUUCCAGAGGAGCUUACAUGAUCCCCCCACAGCCAACUACAGUCCUGAGCAAGGACAGAUGGAAGUGUGUGUCACAACUGGCAGCCAGGAAGGCUUGUGUAAAGUGUUUGAAAUGCUCAUUAAUCCUGGAGACAACAUCCUUUUGGAUGCACCCACAUACUCAGGGACACUAGCAGCUCUGAGACCCUUGGGUUGUAAUAUAAUUAAUAUUCCCAGUGACCAACAUGGCAUUAUUCCAAAAGCUUUAAAAGAAAUUCUGUCUGCUUGGAGCCCAGAGGAUAUAAAAAAUUGUAGCAAUCGCCUCCCAAAAUUCCUGUACACUAUUCCAAAUGGAUGCAAUCCAACUGGCAAUUCACUGACCACAGAGCGCAAAAAGGAGAUUUACCAGCUUGCAAGAAAAUAUGAUUUUCUCAUAAUAGAAGAUGAUCCUUACUACUUUCUUCAGUUUGAAAAGCCAUGGGCUCCAACUUUCCUCUCAAUGGAUGUGGAUGGCCGGGUUAUCAGGACCGACUCUUUCUCUAAAAUUCUCUCAUCUGGUUUAAGAAUAGGUUUUCUGACGGGUCCCAAGCCUCUCAUCGACAGAGUUGUUCUACACAUUCAGGUGUCAACAAUGCACACCAGCACUUUCACACAGAUUAUGGUAUCACAGCUGCUUCAGCAGUGGGGACAAAAGGGUUUCUUGGAGCAUAUAGACAGAGUGGUGGACUUCUACAGGAUACAGCGGGAUGCAAUGCUCACUGCUGCUGACAAGUGGUUAAAAGACUUGGCAGAAUGGUACCCUCCUGCUGCUGGCAUGUUCUUAUGGAUCAAAAUUAAGGGUAUUUCUGAUACACAGCAGCUGAUAAUGGAAAAGGCUUUGAAGAAAGAAGUAUUACUGGUUCCUGGAGGAGCAUUCAAUAUUGAUAGUUCAGAGCCUAGUUCUUAUGUCAGAGCCUCCUUCUCUCUGCCUUCUCCUGCCCAGAUGGAUCUGGCCUUCAAGAGACUGGCUGACCUUAUAAAAGAAUCUUUGUGAAAAAGCUAAAUAGAGCUCUUGCAGUAAUAAAAAUCAUCUCCAGAAAAUAGUUAUUAACAUUUGGAUUUCGUCAGAACACUUUAUAAGCAAGCACAAUACAGUGGAUGUUUCCUUAGAUCUUUUCAGCUAAAAAAAAAGACUGAAAAUGAAAGUGAAAAACAAUUUGUCUAAUCUUUUUUUGACAGGACAUUGCAAUACUAAAUGUAUCCAAUUCAGAAACAUUUUAAAUACUCAAAACCAAAAUGUUCUAUUUCCUGUAAAAUCCAUGGUUUUGUUAGAUUUGAAUUGAUUUUUGUUCUGACUUUCAUUUUCCAUUUGAGUUGGGAAACAGAAGUUGCACUUGAGGUGGUCUUAGCCACUAUUACUUCUCACUGUUAAUAUCAGCUGAUACAGUCCUCCAAAAUCUUAUGUUGGAAUUGUCUCAUGGGUCACUUCCAUUCUUGUCCUUCUGUAUGGCAUCUGUUUUUAAUGAUUUGAGGAUUAGUAUUUAAUUCUACUGAAGUUUUGUCAGAUAAAGUUAAUGUAACUGUGUUAAAAAAAUUAAAACUGAUCCAAGGAAAUGAGGCUAUGAUUACAAAUAAACUGGGGUCCCUUGCAAUUUGCAAGGGUAUUCUCUAAUUUUUGGAAGGUAUUCUGAUUACUGUUUUUUACUUCAAUCUGUGAAUAAUUACUCUGUACCUGUGGUAGAAAAUCUCUGGUUUGCCAAGGCAUGUGUAUGUACUAAAGGAACUACUCUUGGUUAUUAAGUCAGAUGUAGUGGUGAAUGGAGAGUGUAAGUAACUGAACAGGGAACAUGGUGGAAUGGACACUACCCUGACACUGCCAGAUGCAAACAAAAUGAAAAAAAUAAAGAAAUGUUUCAGUGUCUUA